UUGGGCGAACUCACACCCGGCGAUCGUCAAAAAAUAAUGACCGUGUGCACAAUCGAUGUGCACUCGCGUGACGUGGUCGGCAAAAUCAUACAGGCCAAGGUCGAUAGUGCGCUGGCAUUUCAGUGGCAAAGUCAGCUGCGACAUCGCUGGGAUGAUGCUAUGCUCGAGGCAGAGCGCCGGCCAGCAGCAACUGACGAGGACUGUUUUGCGAACAUCUGCGAUGCGGAAUUCCGCUAUGCCUAUGAAUAUCUUGGAAAUACGUCAAGACUUGUUAUAACACCGCUCACAGAUAGAUGUUACAUUACUCUGACGCAGUCGCUGCAUCUUGUAAUGGGCGGCGCACCCGCUGGCCCGGCAGGCACCGGCAAAACCGAAACCACAAAAGAUCUAGGGCGAGCACUUGGCAUGAUGGUUUACGUUUUUAACUGCUCGGAGCAAAUGGACUACAAGUCUUGUGGCAACAUCUAUAAAGGACUAGCACAAACUGGCGCUUGGGGUUGUUUUGAUGAAUUCAAUCGCAUUGCAGUGGAGGUGCUGUCGGUUGUAGCCGUGCAGGUGAAGACUAUACAAGACGCCAUUAAGAUGCAUCGUGAGCGUUUUACAUUUAUGGGCGAGUCCAUUGCCUUGGUGCCAACGGUGGGUAUAUUCAUCACACUUAAUCCCGGCUACGCGGGACGUACUGAAUUGCCUGAAAAUUUGAAGACGCUCUUUCGCCCUUGCGCCAUGGUCGUACCAGAUUUUGCGCUCAUUUGCGAAAUCAUGCUAAUGGCUGAGGGCUUUCAAGAUGCGCGCAUACUUGCACGCAAAUUUAUAACGCUUUACACACUGUGCCGAGAACUGUUGUCCAAGCAGGAUCACUACGAUUGGGGAUUGCGCGCUAUCAAGUCUGUCUUGGUGGUGGCGGGCACAUUAAAGCGCGACGAUCACAGUCGACCGGAAGAUCAGGUGCUCAUGCGUGCUUUGCGCGAUUUCAACAUACCGAAAAUUGUUACCGAGGAUGUGGCCAUAUUCAUGGGCCUUAUUGGUGAUCUCUUUCCCACAUUGGAUGUGCCGCGCAAGCGCAUUUUUGAGUUUGAAAAAACUAUAAGGCGUGCAGUUAAUGAGAACAAGCUGCAACCUGAGGAAGGCUUUCUAAUGAAAGUUGUGCAACUGCAAGAUCUUCUAGAUGUUCGACAUUCAGUUUUCAUUGUCGGCAACACUGGCACAGGAAAAACUAAAAUUUGGCAAACACUUCUUGAAACCUAUCGCAUACAGAAAUUGAAACCGGUCUGUAGUGUAAUCAAUCCAAAAGCCUUAUCGAAUGAUGAACUAUUCGGAGUUGUCAAUCCGACAACGCGCGAAUGGAAGGAUGGUCUCUUCUCAUCGAUAAUGCGCGAACAGACAAAUUUACCAGCAGGCAAUCCCAAGUGGAUUGUGCUUGAUGGCGAUAUUGAUCCCAUGUGGAUUGAGAGUUUGAAUACACUGAUGGAUGACAAUAAAAUAUUAACGCUCGCAAGCAACGAACGUAUCACUUUGAAGCGAGAAAUGCGAUUGCUCUUUGAGGUGGGUCACCUUAAGGCGGCCACACCAGCCACGGUUUCUAGGGCUGGUAUUUUGUAUAUUAACCCACAAGACAUGGGCUGGGCUCCUUAUGUGCUGUCGUGGAUAGAAACGCGUAACGAUCCCAUUGAAAGAGGCACACUCACCGCCCUGUUUGAGAAAUAUUUCCCCAACCUUAUGACGAGACAGCGUGCAUUUCGACGUACGACGCCUAUCAGCGAAAUGGCUAUGAUACAAAUGACUUGCCAUCUGCUCGAGAGUUUCCUUGUGAACCCCAGUGAAACUGCAAAAGAUGCCCUGAACUUAUCUAUCGAAUUGAUAUUCAUCUAUGCAACAAUGUGGGGUUUCGGUUCAGCGCUACAUCAAGAUCACGUUAUUGACUGGCGACGUGAAUUUCACAAAUGGUGGACAAGCGAAUUCAAAGACGUCAAGCUGCCUGCCCAAGAUUCAAUUUUUGAAUACCAUCUGGAUUUGCGCACAAAUAAAUUUCAACGCUGGUCGGAGUUGGCGUUGGCGCAAAAAAUUGAGCCGAUAGACACUGAAGUACCAAUACAGACCGUCCUGGUGCCCACAGCAGAAACAGUACGUCUAGCAUACUUUCUGAAAUUACUUAUCGGACGUAGGUACGCCUGCAUGCUGGUCGGAACUUCGGGCUGCGGUAAAAGCGCAAUUUUUCGCGAGCUAUUCGCCACAUACGAGAGCGAACAAGAUACUGCGACCGAGCCGGAAGCAAUUACGCAACAAACAAAGUUAUCAGAUUCAAAACGCAGUAAGAUGUUAUCAUCGCCGGGCAGGUCACGAUGCAUUGCAGUACAGACGACGCAUUUCAACUACUACACCACGUCUGAGAUCUUUCAGAAGAUACUCGAGCGACCACUGGAAAAGAAAUCGGGACGGUGCUAUGCACCUAGUGGCGCCAAUAGGCAUCUAAUUUACUUCGUAAAUGAUCUCAAUAUGCCGGAAGUGGAUGUGUAUGGCACCGUACAGCCCCAUACGAUUAUACGUCAAUUCAUGGACUAUCGACAAUGGUACGAUCGGCAACGCUUACAGCUAAAGGACAUACGUCACUGCCAAUUUGUGGCCUGCAUGAAUCCCACGGCUGGUUCGUUUACCAUCGACCCAAGACUGCAGCGCCACUUUUGUGUUUUUUCAGUGGCAACACCCACCGAGCAGACACUGCAAUGCAUCUUCGGCACUAUUUUGCACAGUCACUUAGAGAAUCCCUAUAACUCAUUCGGCAAGGAAAUCAAGUGCAUCGCUGAGCUGCUGGUACAAGUCGGCAUCGCCUUGCAUCGGCGCGUGGAAUACGCAUUUCUGCCGACUGCAUUGAAAUUCCAUUACACUUUCAAUUUGCGUGACCUGACCAACAUCUAUCAGGGGCUGAUGUUUAGCUGUGGUACGCCGACGAGUCAAAGCGGCAACAGCGCUGUCAGCAGUGCGAUGUUGGCGAGCAACGGCACUAUCUGCAAUAAGCCGGCCGACUUGAUACGUCUGUACGUGCAUGAGGCGUAUCGCGUCUACCACGAUCGACUGGUGGAUCAGUAUGACAUUAAAUCCUUCAAGGCAACAAUACGCGAUAUCUUCAAGAAGGAUUUUGAAGAUUUCGAUGAGGAUUACGUGUUUGCUGAGCCACUGAUAUAUAGUCACUUUGCGCAGUCGCUCGUAGAUCAGAAAUAUAUGCCGCUGCGCAGCUGGGACAAGCUACACCAAUUGCUAAUGGAGGCCCAAGCCAACUACAAUGAGGUGGUGGGUUACAUGAAUUUGGUGCUGUUUGAGGAUGCGAUGAUACAUGUUUGUCGCAUCAAUCGCAUACUCGAAAGUCCGCGUGGCAAUGCACUACUGAUCGGCGUUGGCGGCUCGGGCAAACAGACACUCGCACGUCUCGCCUCGUUCAUCUCGUCACUAAGUGUAUUUCAAGUACAAUUAAAACGCGGUUUUGGCUUACAAAACCUUAAAGAGGAAUUUGCCGCUUUGUACAUGAAAGUAGGACUAAAGAAUGUCGCUUCGGUUUUCCUCAUGUCGGACGCGCAAAUACCCGACGAGCCACUGUUAAUGCUCAUCAAUGAUCUCUUAGCAUCGGGCGAUAUACCGGAACUCUUCAAUGAAGAUCAGCUGGAGACCAUUUUCAACGGCAUACGUAACGAGGUGAAACAAAGUGGCACUCUCGACACCAAAGAGAACUGCUGGCGUUUUUUCAUUGACAAAAUAAGGCGACUCCUAAAGGUGGUUCUCUGCUUUUCGCCUGUCGGACAGACUUUACGCGUACGUGCGCGCAAAUUCCCCGCCAUACUUAGCCGCACCAGCAUCGAUUGGUUUCACGAAUGGCCCAAAAUAGCACUCAAGUCUGUAUCGCAAAAAUUUCUUAGUGAAAUUGAUGUGCGUAUUUUGCCUCGUAACAUGAUUUCGCCAAUCGGUUGCUUUAUGGCCUACGUUCACCACACAGUCAAUCAGAUUUCGAAAAUUUAUUUGCAAAACGAAAAACGCUACAACUACACGACACCAAAAACCUUUCUCGAAUACAUUUUCCUCUAUCGCAAAUUGCUGGUGGAAAAGAAUGGCGAACAUACCGGACGCAUUCAACGCUUGCAGAGCGGCAUGGCUAAAUUGGCUGAGUGUGCUUGUCAAGUGGACGCGCUGAAGAAUCAAUUGGCCAUCCAAGAAGUUCAAUUGGCAGCAAAAAAUGCAGCCGCCGAUAAGCUGAUCAUCAUUGUGAGUGCUGAGAGUGAGAAGGUCAAACGCGAAAAGUCGACCGCAUCUGAGGAGGAGAAGCGCGUGCGCAUCAUUGAAGAGGAUGUCUGCAUGAAAACAAAGUUAUGCGAAGAAGAUUUACGCAAAGCGGAACCAGCACUUGUUGCUGCACAAGCGGCGCUUAAUACUUUAAACAAAAAUAAUCUCACCGAAUUGAAGUCGUUUGGCUCACCACCCAAGGCUGUGGUAAAUGUAUGCGCAGCUGUUAUGGUUUUACUAGCGAAAAAUGGCAAAAUACCACGCGAUCGCAGCUGGAAGGCAGCCAAGCUAACAAUGGUGCGCGUCGAUCAAUUUCUCUACGAUCUAGUUAAUUACAAUAAAGACAAUAUACAUCCAAAUAUCAUCGAAGUAUUACAGGAAUAUUUGAAGGAUCCUGAGUUCAGUCCCGAAAAGGUCGUACAAAAGUCAGUGGCUGCGGCUGGCCUUUGCGCUUGGGUUAUCAAUUUGCAUCGUUAUCAUCAGGUAUUUCUCAUUGUCGGACCCAAGCAACAGGCUUUGCACGAUUCGCAGAAAGAAUUGCAGGAGGCACGUGAGCGUCUGCAAUAUCUAAAGAUUAAAAUCAAUGAAUUCGAAAUGAAACUGGCAGAGAUACAGGCGGAGUUCGAGGAAGCUAUAGCUGCAAAGCAAAUGUGUCAGCGGGAUGCGGAUAAAACUGCAUUUACAAUAGACUUAGCGCACCGGCUGAUUAAUGGGCUGGCGAAUGAGAAUAUACGCUGGAAGGAGUCAGUGCAGAGCUUACAAGCAAAAAUUGGUACUCUACCUGGAGAUAUCUUGAUAAUUUCCUCUUUCUUGUCAUAUGUUGGCUGCUUUACGCGGCGCUAUCGAGAGGAGUUGCAGCAAAAGAUGUGGAUGACGAGCUUUGCAAAAAUCGAGCCACUUGUACCGUACACAAUUGGCGUUGAUCCGCUCACCCUGCUCACGGACGAUGCACAAGUUGCGACUUGGAAUAAUGAAGGAUUACCGGUGGAUCGUAUGUCAACGGAAAAUGCAACAAUUUUAACUCACUCGACCCGCUGGCCAUUGAUGAUUGACCCUCAGCUUCAAGGCAUUAAGUGGAUAAAAAACAGAUACGGAGAUACACUCGUUAUUAUACGUCUUAAUCAAAAGGGCUUCCUAGAUGUGCUGGAAAAGUCUAUGGCUAAUGGCGAGACUGUGCUAAUUGAGCAAAUCGGUGAAACUAUAGACACUGUGCUGGAGCCACUGCUAAGUCGCGCUUUAAUCAAGAAGGGCCGUUACAUACGCAUAUGUGGCAAGGAAAUGGACUUUAAUAACAACUUUCGUCUUUUGUUGCAUACAAAAUUACCAAAUCCACAUUACAAACCUGAAAUCCAAGCGCAAACAACGCUCAUCAACUUUACAGUCACACCGGAUGGCCUUGAAGAGCAACUGCUUGCCGAGGUAGUGAAAAUCGAACGACCCGAUUUGGAACAAAUGAAAAUCGACGUAACAGUACAGCAAAAUAAAUUCAAAAUUUCACUUAAAGCCUUGGAGGACGAACUGCUUGUGCGUUUGGCCUCAUCCAGCACGAAUGUAUUGGAUGAUCAUGCGCUUGUCAUCAAUUUGGAGGCGACGAAGCACACAGUUGAUGAGAUUGAGCUGAAAGUGCGAGAGGCGCUCAUAACUAGCGCGCAAAUUGACGAAGCGCGAAAUAGGUAUCGUGCAGCGGCCAAGCGCGCCUCUAUACUCUAUUUUGUUCUCACCGACCUCAGUCGUAUAAAUCCCAUCUAUAGGUUUUCGCUGAAAUCGUUUAUGAACGUUUUCAAGAAGGCAAUUGCUACUGCACCGAAAAGCAAAAAUCAUGAGCGCCGUGUACAGCAUCUGGUGGCGUCGAUCACGCUGCAGACAUUCAUUUACACGAUGCGUGGCCUCUUCGAAGUCGACAAAUUGACGUUCACUUCACACAUGAUCUUGCGUAUUCAGAGCGCAGCCGGACAAAUUUCCAAAGAUGAGUUUGAUUUCUUGUUGCGCUUUCCACACGAUCCAAACUCAUUGUCACCUCUGGAAUUUGUAAGCCGAAAAGCUUGGGGCGGCAUUAAAUCCCUAGGCGGUAUCGAGCAUUUUUAUGGCAUCGAUAAGGACAUGGAAAGCUAUCCGAAAAGAUGGAGUAAAUUCCUUGCCAGUGCAGCGCCAGAAAGAGAGCAAUUCCCGGGCGAAUGGAAGUAUCGUUCGCCGCUGCAAAAGCUUUGUAUUAUACGAGCUUUACGUCCAGAUCGGAUGCUGUAUGCCAUGAGAUUAUUUGUAGAACUGACAAUGGGCAAGGAGUACACACGAACACAGACAUCAGCUUUUUCGGAAAUCUUCAAAGAAAUCAAUGCCAGCACACCAGUUUUAUUUAUACUUUCACCAGGCAUUAAUCCCGUGCGUGAUGUUGAGCUACUUGGCCAGCAGUUGGGCUUUCGGGCCGACAAUGACACGCUUAUUAAUAUAUCACUAGGACAAGGUCAAGAACAAUUAGCCGAAGACGCUAUCAUCAAUGCAUUGACCAAUAAACACCAGUGGGUUGUCCUGCAAAAUAUCCAUUUAGUUGUCAACUGGCUUCCUUCAUUAGAGAAACUAAUCGAACGCAUAGUUGCCGAGACCGAGCUGAAUGAUGACAACACCAAUUCAAAUUUCCGUUUAUUUAUCAGCGCCGAACCCGCGCCAGAUCCAGAAUAUCACGCCAUACCGCAGGGCAUACUGGAGUCUUCGCUGAAAAUAGUCAAUGAACCCCCGUCAGGCAUGGCCGCUAAUCUACACAAGGCUUGGGACAACUUUUCACAGGACUCCUUAGAAACCUGCACACAAGAGGCCGAGUUCAAAUCAAUACUCUUUGCGCUUUGCUACUUUCACGCUGUAUCGGGUGAGCGCUGCAAGUUUGGACCGCAGGGCUGGAAUAAGGCUUAUCCCUUCAAUGUCAGUGAUCUCAUCAUUUCAGCCAAUGUGCUGCACAACUACUUGGAAGGCAGCAGUCGCAUACCAUGGGAGGACUUACGUUACCUAUUCGGGGAAAUCAUGUACGGCGGUCACAUUACGGACGACUGGGAUCGUCGCCUCUGUCGCACAUACCUCGAAGAGUUACUGCAGCAAGAGCUCAUCGAUGGCGAUUUGGAGUUGUGCCCGGGUUUUGCUGCGCCUCCCAAUCUUGACUAUCAAGGCUAUCAUAACUACAUUGAUGAAAUGUUGCCGCCUGAAUCGCCCGUACUUUACGGACUACAUGCAAAUGCCGAGAUUGGCUUCCUAACCAGCGCAUCGGAGCAACUACUUAAAACCAUAUUCGAGCUACAGCCACGCGAAUCAGAGCUUAGCACAAAUUGUGGUGCCCCACGAGAGGAGCUUGUGAAAAUUAUGAGUGAGGACUUUUUGGAUAAAAUGCAGGAUGAGUUCAAUUUGCAGGCCUUACUUAAUCGGGUGGAGCGUAAAACGCCGUUUGUGGUGGUGGCGUUGCAGGAGUGCGAACGCAUGAAUGCGUUGAUAUGUGAAAUCAAGAGAUCUUUGCGCGAGCUAUUGUUAGGCUUGAAAGGUGAACUCACGAUAACUCCCGAUAUGGAACGCCUAGAUCAUGCCAUUUUCUAUGAUAGCGUGCCAACAACUUGGGCCCUAUUGGCUUAUCCCAGCAUGUUGGGCCUGCAAAGUUGGUAUGCAGAUCUUUUGCAUCGUAUUAAGGAAUUGUCCAGUUGGCUCAACGAUUUUAAGCUACCUUGUACUAUUUGGCUUGGGGGGUUGUUUAAUCCACAGAGCUUUCUUACAGCCAUAAUGCAAGAGAGCGCACGAAAACAUGAUUUGCCCUUGGAUCGAAUGUGUCUUAGCUGCGAGGUGACGAAAAAGGAGAAGGAUGAUAUUACUUUACCACCCAUUGAAGGUGCACUCGUGCAUGCUCUAUACUUGGAUGGAGCCAGUUGGGAUUGUCAACUUAAUUCCAUUGUACCAUUGCCGCCAAAGGAGCUGCUCUGCGCCAUGCCAGUCAUUUAUAUAAAAUCUAUUGUACAGGAGAAACAGGAGACGCAGCGUUGCUAUGAGUGUCCGUUGUACAAGACAAGAUUGCGUGGUGCCACUUACGUUUGGACCUUUAAUUUAAAGACCCGUGAACGACCCGCCAAAUGGAUCCUUGGCGGGGUCGCGUUAUUGCUUCAGCCAUAAAUAAUAAAAUAAUCUACGGUGUCAUAAUUUUACAUUUAAACAUCAGUGUUACUGCGGCCUUAACCCUCGAGGUAUCCGCGGAGAAUUGUAAAAUGUAUCCACACAAAAAAAUUAUCUAAAUAUAUU